CCGUCUGAAUUCGUCUUAAAGAGCACAGACAGGGACCAUGGCAGGCUUGAUGGAGGUUAUCUUCUCCCUUGUGGUCGGCUAUGGCCUCUGGACGAUCGUCCCAGUCCUUUGGAGAUAUUAUAAGUUCUGCAAACUGAUCAAGCCAUUCAAACCAUUGAGGAAAUAUCAUUGGUUUUGGGGACAUCUUAAAUUUUUCAGUUUGUCGGAAUCAAUCAUUGACCGGAUGGCUUCACUAAUGGAAAACGCCACAGGAAAAAUGACCAUUGAAUGGAUAUCCGUUAUACCGAAUGUACAAGCCAUACAUCCAGACACUGCCGCUAUAAUACUCCGGUCAUCAGAACCAAAACCAAAGGACAGAGGCGAGCCAUAUAGCCUCUUCACGCCAUUUCUAGGUGACGGUUUAGUUGUCAGCAAUGGCGAGAAAUGGGAACGGAACCGGAAAUUGCUCACACCUGCUUUUCAUUUCGAUGUUUUGCGGCCCUAUGUGAACGUAUAUAAUGAAGCUGCCGACAUUUUAUUGGACAAACUGGCAGAAAAAAUGGCAGAAAGUCCACACAGCAUGGACAUCAUGGAUACAUUAAACCAGGUAACGCUAGAUGUUAUAUUGCGGUGCUCGCUUUCGUAUGAUGGAAAAAUUCAGAAACGGGAAAAGCAUCCUUACAUUGAAGCCGUUCAUGAGAUGUCGAGACUUACCAUGGAAAGAAUCAAGAAGCCGUGGCACUUUCUAUGGUGGAAUGUGUACAUGAUGUCAAACAACGGCAAGGAGUACAUGAAACACGUCAAUUAUAUGCAUAGAUUUGCCGACGAAAUAAUCGCGAAAAGGAAAAAGGAAAUAGUAGAUGACCCGUCGUUACUUCAAAAGAAAAAGAAGUUGGAUUUUCUUGAUAUUAUAUUGUCGGCGAAAGAUGAAUCCGGAUCCGGACUAACGGACCAAGAAAUCCGUGACGAAGUAAACACUUUUAUGUUUGCAGGGCAUGACACUACUAAAGCGGUUCUGGGAUGGGCCAUAUACAACAUGGGAAAAUAUCCAGAGGAACAAGAAAAACUUUAUCAGGAAGUUUGUGACGUCACAGGAGACCGAACAAAUAUAGAAUGGGACGACCUCGGAAAAUUACCAAAGAUGUCAAUGUUUUUAAAGGAAACAUUAAGGCUGUACCCACCAGCUGGUUCAACUACUCGAUUACUUACAGAGGACUUGGAAAUAGAAGGCGUUACUCUUCCUGCUGGAAGUAUGAUUGUUGUCAACUUUCUUGCUAUUCAUCUUCGGCCUGAUGUUUUCCCUAACCCCAAAGAAUUUCGCCCAGAAAGGUUUCUUACAGAAAAUACAGAAAAAAGACAUCCUUAUGCCUACCUACCAUUUUCAGCUGGACUAAGGAAUUGCAUCGGAAAAAACUUUUCGACAAACGAACAGAAAGUGCUACUUGCAAGGAUACUUAAGAGGUUCAGGAUCGUAAUAGAGGAAAAUCACGAAGUCGUUCCUGUACCACUGCUUAUAAUUCAAGCCAGAGACGGUAUCAAAGUCCGUUUUCAGGAGAGAACAUAACUAACUUUGUAUAUAGGUUUCCAUGGAAAUCAUUUAUUGAAAAUAAGUUUGUUUACUUGGACUCAAAUUAAACGUUUUAUUACACAGAUCUUUAAAUGCCCAUUUAGGAGAAGUUUCAAAUGUAAAGAAAGAAAAUAUAUUGAAAGGAGGAUUUCUGCAAUUGAAUGGACAAAAAAUAAAUUUUCUUCUAACAUUUUAGAUACCACAAAAGACAGCUUCUGAAGAAUGGUAGGAUACAGUUUUAUAUACAAUGUACUCAUUAUGAAGAAUUCCUGUGAAAGCAUGAAUUAUUCAAAAGAAAUAGAAAUUAUGCUAAAAUCUCGAAGGAUGUUUGACGAUAGAUAAGCAAAUGCAAACUCAAAACUGCUACAUGUUUUCUUAAUUUAAUUUCACUUGUACUAGCCCUGUACAAAGAGUUUAACGCAUUUUUCAUGUAUUAUGGCAGGGAGGCGCAGUUGAUUUAUGCAUUUUUGUGUGUUCAUUUGAAAAGUAAAGGAAACUUUAAAGGAAAUUAAUGUAGAUAAAGAGCGCGUAGGUUUUUUGUAUUAUAAGGUGCAGUA